AAUUUGUGCUAUCAAAAUUUAUUAAAAUCGAAAUAAUCAUAAUUUUAGUUUGAGCGAAUUUUUUAAAAAAAUACUGAGACUUUUAAAUUUGGGGGGUUUCAACCAUUAACCCCGUUCAAGCUAAUUAGCAUCUCAAAAUAGUAACACAUCACUUCCGAAAUAGGAGAAGUUGAUUUUUUAUAAAUGAAAAUAUAAUGCCCCUUUAUUAUGCAUUUCACUAAAAAUAAAACCACUGGACGUUUUUUAUUAUUAACGAUAAUAAUCUAUUUUGGGUACAUUACUUCUUACCAAAAUAACAGCAAUAAUCCAUCAAAUACUUCAUGUAGCCUAACUGAAAAAAAAUCCGACUCAUCAAUCAAACAUAAAAUGGAAUUACUGUCACUAAGAAAUGUAAGUUACUAUAUGAAUGAAAUAUUUAAGCUCUCGUCCCUGGAAUACUUGAAUUUAUCUAGUUCAGAGCUUCAGUUUGGGUUUCCUAUCAAUACUCAUUUUUGUCCUUAUUUACAGGUUUGAUACUUGAUGAGAUAAAUAGCAUGGAAAAAGAAAAUUUAAAAUAUUUAGUUUUAAAUAAAUUCCUUAGGAAACUAAGCUUAAGAGGGGGUGAUAUUGAUUAUAAUACUAUUGAAAAGAUAUCUAAAAUUAUAAAUCUCGAAGAACUAGAUUUAGCCGAAUAUGAUAAAGAUUUUAAAGGAAUAUCUAAAAUUAUAAAUCUCGAAGAACUAGAUUUAGCCGAAUGUAAUAUAUCAAGCGGCCUUAUUGAGCCUUUAGAAACACUUAUAAGACUUAAAAAGCUAAAUCUAAGUUAUAAUAAAAAUUUAGAUGAUAAAGAUUUUAAAGGAAUAUCUAAAAUUAUAAAUCUCGAAGAACUAGAUUUAGCCGAAUGUAAUAUAUCAAGCGGCCUUAUUGAGCCUUUAGAAACGCUUAUAAGACUUAAGAAGUUGAAUCUAAGAUAUAAUAAGAAUUUAAAUAGCAAAGAUUUUAAGGGAAUAUCUAGAAUGAUAAGGCUUCAAGAACUAGAAUUAUACCGUUGUAAUCUAGCAGGCGGCCUUCUUGAGCCCUUAGAAACACUUACAAGACUUAAGAAGUUAAAUCUAAUAUUUAAUAAGAAUUUAAAUAGCAAAGAUUUUAAGGGAAUAUCUGGAAUGAUAAGUCUUCAAGGACUAGAUUUGGCCGAAUAUAAUAUAUCAAGCGGCCUUCUUGGGCCCUUAGAAACGCCUACAAACCUUAAAAAGCUAAAUCUAACUUAUAAUGAAAAUUUAGAUGAUAAAGACUUUAAAGGAAUAUCUGGAAUGAUAAACCUUCAAGAGUUAAGUUUAUUUGCUUGUGAUCUAUCAAGCGGCCUCCUUGAACCUUUAAAACACUUAAAAGACUUAAGAAAAUUAUACCAUUGUGAUCUAUCAAGCGGCCUUCUUGAACCAUUAAAAACACUUACAAACCUUAGGAAGUUAGAUCUAAGUUAUAAUAAAAAAUUAGAUGAUAAAGAUUUUGUUGCAAUAUCUGAAAUGAUAAAUCUUGAACAACUAGAAUUAUACCAUUGUGAUCUAUCAAGCGGCCUUCUUGAGCCUUUAGAAACGCUUAUAAGACUUAAGAAGUUAAAUCUAAGUUAUAAUGAAAAUUUAGAUGAUAAAGACUUUAAAGGAAUAUCUGAAAUGAUAAAUCUUGAACAACUAGAAUUAUACCAUUGUGAUCUAUCAAGCGGCCUCCUUGAACCUUUAAAAACACUUAAAAGACUUAAGAAGUUAGAUCUAAGUUAUAAUAAAAAGUUAGAUGGAAAAGAUUUUGUUGCAAUAUCUAAAAUUAUAAAUCUUGAACAACUAGAAUUAUACCAUUGUGAUCUAUCAAGCGGCCUUCUUGAGCCUUUAGAAACGCUUAUAAGACUUAAGAAGUUAAAUCUAAGAUAUAAUCAAAAAAUUAGAUAG